AUGAAGUUCACUGCAUUGGCCGGCUCAGCUCUGCUGGGCUUUGCUUCGGCUGCCACUACUCGAAACACCACCUACGAUUACAUUGUAGCUGGUGCUGGCGCUUCAGGUCUUGUCGUUGCUGAGAAACUCGCUGCUGCCGGUCAUAAAGUUCUUCUGGUCGAGAGGGGCGGUACUUCGUACUACUCGACCGGCAACCGAGAUGACUUGAUGAAGUGGAACAAGACCGUCACCGCAUAUGACGUCCCCGGCAUGGCUUACUACACUGACAGUUCGCCAACUAUUCAGUGGUGUACAGACAUUGCCGCUUCGGCCGGUUGCCUGCUGGGAGGUUCCACUAUGUUGAACGCUCUCAUGUUCAUCAAGCCCCGCGCUGCUGACUUUGAGGCCUGGCCCAAGGGAUGGCAGUGGGAGGAUGGUGUUUCCGAGGCUGCCAAGAGCGUUUUUGAGCGUAUGCCUGGAAGCAUUCUCCCUUCUGCUGAUGGCAAGCGUUAUGACGACGGUGCUUUCAAAGUCAUGUCAAAGUUCCUUGAGAACAAUGGCUGGGGUGAAGUCGAUGCUCUCAACAACGUCGAGGCAAAGGACAAGAUCUUUACGCAUCCUCCUUGGCUGAUCAGCAAUGGGCUUCGAGGUGGUCCCGUCCGGGAUAUUCUCCCUGAUGCACAGGCUCUCGACAACUUCAACCUCCAGCUUCACGCCAAGGUCCUCCGUGUUGUGCGCAAGGGACCCAUCAUUACCGGCGUCGAAGCCGAGCAUAAGGAUAGCUCUCGCGAGAUCAUUAAACUGAGCAAGGGUGGUUCCGUCAUCCUCUCUUCUGGCACACACUCCACGCCGCGCAUUCUCUUCAACUCAGGUAUCGGGCCCAAGAAGCAAAUUCGCAUUGUCGAGUCCGGCUCUACCAAGAUUAAGCUCCCGCCUGCUUCUCAGUGGAUCGAUCUCCCUGUUGGACAGCGUCUGCGAGACCACCCUAUCGUUGUCGUGGAUUUUGAAACUAAGGACAAGCUCCGGGCUCUGCCUAGCACCGCUUUCACUGAUCCCAACGACGAGACAGUCGGGCUGUUCGCUGAGGGAAGCGGUCUUCUCUCUCAAUCAAACCAACGUCUUAACUUCUGGAAGAGCGUUAAAGGCAGUGAUGGCAUCACUCGUUACGUUCAGGGCACAGUCAACGCUCCCAAGAACAACACGAUCUCUGCCAAGGUUUACCUCACCCACGGUCUUACAUCUCACGGCACCCUCGAGAUCACACCCCAGGGCAACACCAACAUUACUCAGAAGCCGUUCCUCAACACCAAGGGUGACCGCGAUGCUCUCAAGACUUUUGUCGAUGAACUUUUGAGCUACGCACGCAAGCCCAACAGUAACCUGAGCGUGCCGAGCAGUGUUACUGCAGACUCCAUCAUGGAGGUUUCCUACAGCGGCAACCAUCACCUUGGCUCGGCUCACAUGGGAGCCAAGAACGAUGGUAAGAGCGUCGUUGGACCUGAUACACGAGUCUGGGGAACCAAGAAUCUUUUUGUCGUUGAUGGAAGCAUGCAUCCUGAAGUUCCCACAGGAAAUACUCAGGCCUUCAUUAUGGUUGCUGCUGCGCACGCGGCCAACAAGAUCUUGGAUCUGACAUCGUGA